GCUCGUAUUAUCCAGAAGGGGGCGGUAAUGCAACGAUGUGAAUGCCGACGGUCAUAAAAUCCCAAAGAAGAAGAAUAGGAGGAAGAACAACAAGAUGGCGCAUAGUUUGUUUUGCUGAAUUUUUCGACAGUUUGUCUAAAGUUUCUCAACGAGCACAAUGAACUUUCACAGAGUUUAAAGGAAUCAUCGUCAAGUCGGAGGAAGAGAUGGAUGAUAAGCGCAGACUGCUGGAUUUCUCCCGGAUUCCCCGGAUAAUUUUACACCGAAUAGAUUGCCAACAACAUAACAUUUACAAGGAGAAGCUAUGUAAGCAGGAGAGGAGAUCCACUCUGGACCAGGAGGAGUCAGAACCUCUGCAGGUGAAACAAGAACAGGAAGAACCAGAAGAUCAGCAGAUAAAAGAAGAGCAGGAGGAUCUAGAACAUGAGCAGAUAAAAGUGGAAGAGAAAGAAGUUUACUGCAGUCAGGGUGAAGAACAGAUUGAGCUAAAACAGCAGACUGAUACCUGCAUGGUGGUUCCUGUUGAUGAACAAACAUCCCACACUGAAUCAGAACCAAACAGGAACCAAGUCAUCUUCCAGGAAGCUGCUGAGUCUGAGAACCAAAAUCAGGAAAGAAGAAAACCUUUCUCAUGCGAGACCUGUGAAAAACGUUUCACUGCCAUAUCUACUCUCAAUCGUCAUAUUAGAAUUCACACGGGUGAAAAGCCAUUUUCCUGUGUGACCUGUGGAAAAAGAUUUAGUCGAAAACAGCAUUUAACUCUGCACAUGAGGAUUCACACUGGUGAAAAGCCAUUUUCAUGUGUGAACUGUGGAAAAGGUUUUAGUCGAAAACAGCAUUUAACUCUGCACAUGAGGAUUCACACUGGUGAAAAGCCAUUUUCAUGUGGGAACUGCGGAAAAGGAUUUAGUCAAAAACUGAGUUUAACUCGGCACAUGACGAUUCAUACUGGNACUCUGCACAUGAGGAUUCACACUG